AUGGAGACAGGGAAGUCGGCAGAGGAAGAGGGAAGCAACCACAGCAUUCAUCUCCAAGUGGUGGAGCUCCGCCGCCUGAGCGAAAUCUACGGCUCCUCGUCGGCCACGAUCUUCGAGCCGCAGGGGAGCGGCGUAGGAGGAGUGGAGAAGCGAGACAGCAGCACAGCCAAUUCCGUCUCCCCGACGGUCAUGAACCCGGCCGCCGCCGCGCCGGAGAAGAAGCUGACUCUGUUCGCCCUCCGCCUCGCCGUCCUCGAGAAAGCCGCCACCAGCUUGGGCACUCUAGGGUUCAUCUGGGCCACCGUCGUCCUCCUCGGCGGCUUCGCCAUCAUACUUGACAAAACUGAUUUCUGGCUGAUCACCGUUAUAUUGCUGAUCGAAGGCGCACGGAUUUUUAGCCGAAGUCACGAGCUCGAAUGGCAGCAUCAGGCCACGUGGUCAAUCUCCGACGCCGGAGUCAACAGCUUCCGUGCGCUGAGAUCCAGCCCCCAUUUUCUCGCCGGGAUAGUCAGGACAAUAUUCCGGCCGAUUCAAAAACAGAGUCGAAGACAAAACAGGGGAACAGAGUCAAAUCCACCGAGCAACGGUUCAGCCAGCUGGCAUCAACGGAGGAAGUCGAAUAGCCGGACGUGGACGAGCUCCGACGUUCCGAUUCUGCCUUACGGGAAAUGGGUCUUCCUCUCCAAGAACGUCAGCAAAGUUUUCUACUGGCUCCAGCUCGCAUCCGCCACGGCCUGCGUUACUCUGUCUCUCAUGAAGCUAAUCCAGCACAACUACGGCGAGGUUUCGAAAACAGACACCGAUAAGCGAAACAGAAAAGCCGCUCUAACAAUCUUCUACUCGCUAGCUCUGGCAGAGGCUCUGCUCUUCCUCUUGGAAAAGGCCUACUGGGAGUGGAAAGUGAUCUACUGCAAAAUCCUCGAGCAAGUGAAUCAGGAGUGCGAAUUGGGACCCUCUGGAAUGGUCUCGAUCAAGAGAUUCUUCUACGACGCUUACUCGAGAUCGGUCAACGGAUCGAUCUUCGACGGAUUGAAGAUGGACGUUGUCUCGUUCGCCAUGGAGCUUUUGUCCUCCACUUCCCCUGACGAGCAAUUGAUUGGAGCCAGAGUGCUCCGGCAGUUUUCGAUCAGCGAGCGAUUCUCCGACGAUACUCUGCAGAAGGUCGGGGUGAACAUCUCGGUGAUCGAACGGCUCGUGGAGAUGCUGAAUUGGAAGGAUUUGCAGGAGGAAGAGAUUCGUCGAUCAGCGGCGGAGGUCCUGUCGAAGCUGGCAGGGAAGAAGCAGAAUUCGCUUCGUGUCGCGGGGAUUCCAGGGGCGAUGGAGUCGAUCUCGUCGUUGCUUCGGACGAACAGAGAGGCAAACAGACCAGCAGCCGAUGAAGUUGGGGAGAAGAAGAUUGUGUGCGAUCAUUUCGGGUACGGAUUCUGGACGUUUAACCAUUUGGGACUUCUGAUUCUGAAGAAGCUUGCGAGGGAUCAUGACAACUGCGGCAAGAUUGGGAAUACCAGAGGAUUGUUGCCGAAGAUCAUCGAUUUCACCCACGCCGGAGAAAAGCUGCUGAAGGAUGAAAAUGCGGCGCUUUCGCAGAUCCUGACGGUGAAGAGAUCGCUUCAGGUGAUGAAAAUGCUGGCGAGCACAACGGGGGCUACAGGAAAACAACUGAGGAAGGAGAUAUCAGAGGUGGUUUUCACGAUCAGCAACAUUAGAGACAUCUUGCGGCACGGUGGAAAGCAUCCGAUGCUGCAGAAGUUGAGCAUCGAGAUCCUGACGAGCUUGGCGCAGGAAGAGGAGGCGACGGAGAGGAUCGGUGGGACCGGCGGGAUCCUGAAGGAACUGUUCAACAUUUUCUUCGAGCGAGAUGGGCCCGGGUCGAUUCAGAGUCAUGUCAGGAUUGCAGCAGGGGAAGCCCUGGCGAUGCUGGCUCUGGAGAGCAGGAGCAACUGUCACAGGAUUCUGAAGCUGAAGGUGCUCAGCGAACUCGUUGCGGCGCUCGAGGUUCCUGUGCUCAGAGUGAAUGCUGGCAGGAUCCUGAGGAACUUGUGCAUCUAUAGCGGAGGGGAUAGCUUUGAUCAGUUGAAGGAUGUCACUGCUUGUGCUCCCACGGUGCUGAAAGCAAUCACAUCAGAAGACAAGAAACUGCAGGAGGUAAUGGUGGGACUAGCGGCAGAAGCAUUCAAGUUCAUGACCCCUCAGGAAUCGGCCCUGAUGUUUCAGAGAGCAGGAAUGACGAAUGCUCAAUUGGCGACGAUAAUCGUAACAACGUUGCGAAAGUACGAAGAUCCACCCACAAAGGUUCCCAGAAUAAGGAGAUUCUGCAUUGAGCUGGCGAUUUGGAUGAUGAGGGAAAACAGGAGAAAUGCUGAGGUGUUUAGAGAGCUUGGAUUUGAGAAGGAUUUGGAAUGUGUAUUGGAAACUACUUCGGAACUCGAGAGCUUCAACAUAUUCUCUGGUACGGUAGGAAUGAGCCGUCACAGCGUAAGCAUUCACUCGUUGGUAGAAACCGCGAUGGAGUUGCUCGUGGCGCGAUAAGACAUUAAUGGUGGAUGCUCUGUACAUACAUAUUGAAGGAAUUCUCAACUAAAUCAUGGAGAUUCUUUUUCCCUUUGGAAUAAUGAUCAAUUUGUUGCAAAUGCAUGUAACUAUACCUGUAUUUUUGUACAAUCAAGUUCUAUAACUAUGAUUUAUUGAUUUGAUUCAAUUUGAACUAAGAAUAAACGGCAGGU